UGCUGCUCCGGGAGAGGUCACUGCGGAGACUGUAGGUUUUUGGGGAGUGGGGUCUGUGGCACUAUGUGGCGCCUGUGUGCGCGACGGGCCCAGAAUGUAGCCCCGAGGGCAGGCCUCGGGGGUCGAUGGACGGCCUUACGGGAGGCACCCGGAGCCCCGCGCGCGAGCCCGCGGUCUGGCGCCCCUCCGGUUCGUUGCCUCAGCGCGACCACUGGGCAUGGCGGGGUCGGGUCACUAUGCCGGUGGAGCUCCAGAUCUGGCGCCCCACCGCGGAACCAUUUCCUGUUGCGGCUGUUGGGAUCGUCCAGCCGUCGCUGUUAUAGUCUCCCCCCUCAUCAGAAGGUUCCAUUGCCUUCUCUUUCCCCCACAAUGCAGGCAGGCACCAUAGCGCGGUGGGAAAAAAAAGAAGGGGAAAAAAUCAAUGAGGGUGAUCUAAUUGCAGAGGUUGAAACAGACAAAGCCACUGUUGGAUUUGAGAGCCUGGAGGAAUGUUAUAUGGCAAAGAUACUUGUUGCCGAAGGUACCAGAGAUGUUCCAGUUGGAGCCAUCAUCUGUGUCACAGUUGGAAAGCCGGAGGAUAUUGAGGCCUUUAAAAAUUAUACAUUGGAUUCCUCAGCAGCACCUACCCCACAAGCAGCCCCAGCACCGACUCCAGCUGCUGCUGCUUCACCUCCACCUUCUGCUCAGGCUCCUGGUAGCUCAUAUCCUACUCACAUGCAGGUGCUUCUUCCUGCCCUCUCUCCCACCAUGACCAUGGGCACAGUUCAGAGAUGGGAAAAAAAAGUGGGUGAGAAGCUAAGUGAAGGAGACUUACUGGCAGAGAUAGAAACUGACAAGGCCACUAUAGGUUUUGAAGUACAAGAAGAAGGUUAUCUGGCAAAAAUCCUCGUCCCUGAAGGCACAAGAGAUGUCCCUCUAGGAACCCCACUUUGUAUCAUUGUAGAAAAAGAGGCAGAUAUAGGAGCAUUCGCUGAUUAUAGACCAACUGGAAUAACUGAUUUAAAACCACAAGCACCACCACCUACCCCACCCCUGGUGGCCACUGUUGCAACUCCCCAGCCUUCAGCCCCUACAUCCUCAGCCACUUUUGCUGGACCAGCUACCCCUGCUGGAUCAAAGGGAAGGGUAUUUGUAAGCCCUCUUGCAAAGAAAUUGGCAGCAGAGAAAGGAAUUGACCUUACACAAGUAAAAGGAACGGGACCAGAUGGCAGAAUCAUCAAGAAGGAUAUUGACUCUUUUGUGCCUACUAAAGCUGCUCCUGCCCCAGCCGCUGCUGUGCCUCCCCCAAGUCCAGGAGUAGCACCAGUUCCUACAGGUGUCUUCACAGAUAUCCCAAUCAGCAACAUUCGCCGAGUUAUUGCACAGAGGUUAAUGCAGUCGAAGCAAACCAUACCUCAUUAUUACCUUUCUAUUGAUGUAAAUAUGGGAGAAGUCUUGUUGGUACGGAAAGAACUUAAUAAGAUGUUAGAAGAGAAAACCAAAAUUUCUGUCAAUGACUUCAUUAUAAAAGCUUCAGCUUUGGCAUGUUUAAAAGUUCCUGAAGCAAAUUCUUCCUGGAUGGACACAGUUAUAAGGCAGUAAGUAUAACUGGAGAAAGUAUACAUCCAUCAGCAGCUCUGUUAUGUCACUAACUAGGAGUUGGAGGGGGGGAUGACAUUCGUAGAUGAAGCAAUUUGAAAACAACACAAAACCACUUAUGAGAUAGUGCCAAAUUUAACUAGCAAAGGCUACAUAUUCUUUGUAUGAGUUCAAUAAAGAAUACAAAAAUAUGUCUUAAUGAAGCUGAUAAUAACGCUCACAAAAUAAUGUUAAAUGGAUAAUUUUUGUUCACCAGUGAGUUCUACCACACUUCA